AUGUCGCAAUCAUCGCUGCACAACACCGUCCACACCGAUCCAAAUUCACCAGACGCGCUAAAGCAGAACGUGCAAAUUGCGCUUGACCAUGCCGCGAGAAUUCAGUCACUAGCGCGUAGCUGCUUACAUGACAUACAAAACGCAUACCAGGCAGGAAAUAGUCCAGCGCACACAGCAGGCAAGUACGAUCCAUGUUAUAUUGCGAUUGUGACUUUACGCUGCCGCCUUCCAGCUGAACUGGCCGCACUCAUGCAGUCACUUCGCUCACUGGCUGAAUUUCUUCGACAAACUGGUAUAGGCGCAUAUCCCCUGCCACCCGCUCCCGAGUCUCAGAGCGCAUCAUCGAGACUUCCUACAGAACAGGAACUCAUCGAUGGCACGGCUCGCGAGGUAGAAGUGCUUUAUGAGCUCCUCAAACGUAUUCAAGAGAGCAAUACUGUUGCUGUAAAUUUACUUGGCGCCGCUGAUACUCGUACACGAUGA